GGAGGGAGGGAGGGAGGGGGGUGCCCCGGAGGGAGGGAGGGAGCGGCGGAGGGGCCCCCGCUCCGCCCCGGCCGCAGGGUGUAAAAAUGGCCUCCCGGCGCAUCACCCGCGAGUCGUUCGGCGCCGUGGUGCAGGACAAAGUGAAGCGCUACCGCGGGGAUGCCGCCGAGGAGGCGAUCCAGCAGCGCUUCAGAGCCCACUCCAGGCCCGUCCCGAGGCCGCGCUACGACGAGAGCUUCCACGACGGCGGGAGAUACCCCCACGACAACCCCCAGCCCCGCCACCCCCCCGAGGAGUGGGGGGAAGACCCCCGGGAGGACUAUCCAGGCCCUUCCUACAGGCCUGCGAGUCCCCUCCUGCGGAAGGACAACUACUACCACGAACAGUUCGGCCGCCCCGUGCCGCGGGACCGGCAGUUCGGCCGCCCGGCGCCUCACGAGCGGGAGUACGGGCGCCCAGCUGCCCAAAACAGGGAGUAUGGGCACCCAGCUGCCCAAAACAGGGAGUAUGGGCACCCAGCUGCCCAAAACCGGGAGUACGGGCGCCCGGCGUCGCGCGACCGGGAGUAUGGACACCCGGCUUCCCACGAGAGGGAUUACGGGGGCCUGGCUUCCCACGACCAGGAUUAUGGCCCUCCUGACUCUUGGGAAGCUGCCGGGCCACACGAACCCGAUUUUAGCCCUUCGGAUAUCCUGGGGGACUUCAGGUCGCCGGGGCUCAUGGAGGAAGAGUACGGCGGCGUGGAAAACCAGGAGUACGACGUGGAGUUCGGGGUCCAAGACAGCGAGUUCCGGCCCCCCAUCCGGAGGGGGGCCGUUGGCAGGGGGAGGAUCCUGAGGGGAAAGCGGCUCACGAGGGGUGUGGUUAAGGGUAAAGUGUUCAAAGGAGAGGUCAAAACUCCCCUCAAGAAGUGGAACGUGAAGAAACCGCAGCCGGGCCUCGAUCCGCAGGCGCUGGAGCAGCCCCUGGAAGCUGCCGAAGAACCCGAGCAGGGACCGGUGCCCGUCCAAAAGCUGCCUCCACGACCCAAUCAAAGGCCUGCCCUGGCGGCCCAGAGACCCAUCCUCAGGCUCCCAAAGCCUGCCCACGUGUUCAGGAACCUCAGCUUCGACCUGGUGGAUAAAUCAGACAUUUUUUCCACGUUCGGAGUGGAGAUCAUAAAGUGGGCCGGGUUCCACGCCAUCAAGAACGACGCCGAGUUCUCCCGGCUCUUCGGGGCUCUCUUCGAGCUGGAGACAGAAACCUGUGCCAAAAUGCUGGCCUCCUUCAAGUGCUCCCUGAGGCCAGAGCACAGGGAUUACUGCUUCUUCACCAUCAAGAGCUUGCAGCACGCCGCCCUGAAAACCCCCAAGGUGGACAACGAGUUUUUGAACAUGCUGCUGGACAAGGGCGCCGUGAAAACCAAGAACUGCUUCUUCGAGAUCAUCAAACCCUUCGACAAAUACAUCAUGAGGCUCCAGGACCGGCUCCUGAAGGGGGUCACCCCCCUGCUCAUGGCCUGCAACGCCUACGAGCUGAGCAUCAAGACGAGCGGCUUUGGGAACCCCAGAGAGAUGGCCGGUGCUUUCGAGACCACCGUGUCUCUGUGUCGGAAGUCCCUGGCUCUCCUGGGCCAGACCUUUGCCCUGGCGUCUGUUUUCAGGCAGGAGAAGAUCCUCGAGGCCGUGGGGCUCCAGGAAAUGGCUCCGGCGCCGACGCUCUUCCCGAACUUCGACGACUCCACUUUGUUCGGGAGGGAGUACAUUGAGAACCUGAAGGCUUGGCUGGAGAAGAGUGGGUACCCCAUCCAGAUGAAAAGACCCGAACCCGAGGCCACAGAGCAGCUUAAAACCCCCUCUGCUGACACGAAAGCAGUCCCACAACGAGCUGAUAGGAAAGUUGUGGAGACAAUUGAGCAGCUGGUGAAGAGCAUCGUGUCAGGAACCUUGUCUGCCAAAGACAGGAGUGCUCAGAAGAACUGCCCUGAAUAUUGGUUCCUGUCUGAUGAGGACAGCCUGGAGUACAAAUAUUACAGACUGAAGUUGUCAGAGAUGCAGAGGAGGAAGGAGGAGGGUGGGGAGGGCAGGACCCCAGAAGAAGCUGCCACAGAAUCCAUCAGGGCCCUGCUGUACGCCAGGAAAAUUGCAAGUAUUAAGAGAAGACUGUUCAAGAGAAAAAGGCCUGGAGUGCUCCCCCAGCGUGGCACCCGAGGAAGGAAGGUGAGGAGAGCAACCAUAGGGACACAGACUGUGCUUUCAGCUGGGACAGUGCUGAGGCACCAAGACAAACAUCUUCCAGGUCCAGCCCAGGUCUCCAGCCUGUCCCAGCAGAACUCUCCCCUCGUCCCCACCUCGUCCCCACAGCGUGGCCCCGGCUCCGAGGCCUCUCUGCCAGCAGAGGAAAGGGCAGAUCCCGAGGAUUUAUCAGCACCACCAGAGCUUUUCCCACCGCUGGCCUCUCAGUUUCCUGAUGUGGAUGCCAAAACCAUGGAAACUGCAGAGAAACUUGCCAAGUUUGUGGCUCAGGUAGGACCAGAAAUCGAGCAGUUCAGCAUAGACAACAGUGCAGAUAACCCAGACCUCUGGUUUCUACAGGAUCAAAACAGCUCUGCUUUCAAAUUUUACCGGAUGAAGGUCUAUGAGUUGUGUCCCUCCAUCAACUUCAGCGCUGUGUCUGAAGCAGCUGAGGCUGGGGAAGGUGCUAAAGCUGGAGAGAGGACUUUGGAUCUUUCAGAAGAGGAAGAGGAGGAAGAAGAAGAAGAAGAGGAGGAAGAGAACGAGGAGGAAGCCGAGUUUGAGGAGGACAUUUCCCAGCCUUUGGAAGAAACGGAGCAAGCAGAGGAGGGAGACGAGGAGGACGUGCCAGCAGGUAGAAGUGUGGAAAACCUAGAUGAAGAGAUGGUUUCCAAAACAGGAGAGGAAAUGUCAGCAGGUGAAAUGCAGCUUUCCAGCCCCUCUGAUGGUGCUGUACCAAAUCUGUCGACACAGGCACCGGCCGCUGCCCCCGGCACCCCCUUCCCCCGCAAACGAAUCAGCAGCAAGUCCCUGAAGGUUGGGAUGAUCCCUGCCUCUAAAAGGAUCUGCCUCAUAGAAGAACCAAAAGUGCACGAGCCUGUCAGGAUUGCUUAUGACAGACCUCGGGGUUGCCCAGUUACAAAGAAGAAGAAGAAACCAAAAGAUUUGGAGUUCUCCCACAAGAGGCUGACACACAGGAACGUGGGGUUCCAGAUGCUCCAGAAGAUGGGCUGGCAGGAGGGACACGGCCUCGGGACACGAGGGAAAGGAAUCAGAGAGCCUGUAAAAGUGGGUGCUACCUCUGCAGGGGAGGGCUUGGGUGUUGCAGGGGAAGAAAAUAAAGAAGAUGCAUUUGAUGUUUUCCGUCAGAGAAUGAUACAAAUGUACAGGCAGAAAAGAGCAAGUAAAUAGGUUUGACAUAAAGAGACUGGCUGGCUCUAAAGUGCCUGGGAAAUGCAAAGCUGCUGUGGGAAAGAUCUUCAGCAGAGUAUGAAGAGCACUCUGGUCUCUGAGUAGUGGACUCCAGUGCUAAUGUAUUUAAAUAUCCUCCAAGAUUCCAGUUAGCCUUGUGUUGUGCAAGCUAACAGCUUGGGUGGCAUCUUCUGAGGAAGAAACAGCUGGUUUGGGCUCAGAAGUGCCUGGUUUUACCUCUCUCUCUCUCUCUUUCUCUUCCUCUCUCUCUCUGGCCAAGUUUGCCUGUUUUGUGAUGAGAUUCCUCACCCCAAAAAAAAAUGGAAUAAGUGACAUGAGAACCACCAUGGGCCUGGUUUGGUUCUGGCCCUUCCUGAAAGCAAGACCCUUCUCAAAUUCAGACCUUUUGUGAGGCAGUUCAGAUUCUGUGACCCUGCAUUUUGUUGAGGGGUCCAACCUUCCAACCCACUUCUGCACAAAGCUGUUUCCUCCCCUCCCUGCACCAGUUUUCAGAAGAGUCUCCACCCCUGUGUGUUUUAUUUGGGGUGGGAGUCCAGGCUUUUUAGUGCAGGGUGAGCAGCUGAGUCCAUCCCAGUCUGACAGCACCAAACCCUUCCUGGGAAAGCUCAGCUGGGAAGGUUUUUUUCCUCGCAGUGAACAAGCUGUACAGUUCUAAGUGUGCUUUUUGUUUGGACACAAAUUUGCAGCUCUGCCCCAAGAAAUCCUUGAAUCACUUCUUUUCCCUCUCCAAGGAGUUUUAAGUCAUGAGGGGGGUGCAGGUUCAUGUGCCUGCAGAAAACACUGAAGAAAACACUUGGAAGUGGAUCAUCACUUUUAUAAGACCAUCAGUUUAGAGAGUCAUUUCUAUCAAACAUCUGCUUUGCAGAAGUUCUUUGAUUGAAAAAUCCCAACACCUAAGACAAAAAACUUUAUACUUUUAAGGGACUAUUCCAGAAUUUACUGAAAGAGAAGGCUGGAUUAAUGAACAAAAAGUUUUACCUGCUUGGUGAAGCAGCCCUGAAGACGUGGAAGAUUUAACAAGUGUUACCAAAACAACCCUCCAAGGUCUGAUCACUCAUCUUUCCCUGGCUUGCACAUCACUGAGGCAUUUCUGAGAGGGACAGAAUUGAACAUGGCACUUUCUAGUGCAAUCCUCCAUCCUGACCUGUCCAAAACCAGCCCCAGGGCUUCACUUGAGUGUUUACAGCACCCAAACCUGCUCCCACUCUUUAAAGAGCUGCUCCUGGGCUGACCAGCAGCACAUUCUGCUCUCCCCAUCCUUGCAGAGCACCCCCAGGGAUGUGGCAGCAGCUCCAGUUCCUGGCAAAUCUGCAAGAUUUGUGUUCUUUGCUGUUCAGAGAGCCUCAUUUUGCUCUUCCUCCACCAAAAAGUGGUCGCAGGGGAGUGUCUCCAUCUCCAGUCUCCCCCCAGCAGCAAGUUUUCCUUGCCUGGCAGCAAAGCACUGUUAGUUUAUCAAUGCAACUUGAUUUUUUUUUUUGGUUUUUUUUUUCCUUUACUGACUUUGAAACCAAAAGGAACAAGAUCAUGGCGUUGUGCAGUUUUCUGCUCACUCAGUUUUGGUUGCCUUGAAGCACAAAAUCACCCAAUAACACCACAGAGGAACCCACUGGUGGCUCCGUUUUUCCACGGGUGUGGAGUUUUUUUCCCACGUGUCUUCACCUCCUGCAGUGCAAGAAGCUGAAGCACAAAGGCCCUGAAUACAAAUAAGUUUAUCUGGUGGUCAGAUUUAAGGACAUUUUGAGAGCCCAGACAUUUCUUGGACCGCAGGGAAAAUCCUCAGUCCCAGUAUUUGGCGGUUUGAGCUGUUUAACUCCUGUUUGGGUGUGGUUUUCACUGCCCCCCCUCCCUUUCUUUCCUGGGCCUAACCAGUGUAAAGCUUGAGCCUUCCAACGAGAUCUCCCAGUCCCAGUCUGGCUUGGAAUAACUGGAACCAGCUCUGUUGGCCUCUGAUUUAUCCCUCAGACCCACUCCAGAGGGUUUAGCUUUCCUCUUAGCCCAGGGGUGAAGCUGCCAGUGCGUUGCUGCCCCUGAUUUUUUAUAUCCCUGCACGAUUCCAGUUCACCUCUUCUUUCCCAUUUCCUGCUUUGGAAGAAGGAUCCUUGAUUCCAUGGCCUGUUAUUGCCAGGGUGGAGUUGCAGGCUGGAGUGAAACCCAGCCCUCAGCCCCAGCCCAGCCCUCGGGGCUGCUCUGGUUUAACCCGAGUUAAACGGGCACAGCCCCCCUGGAGGUGCCUUUGCUGGGCUCCUGCUCCCCUCAGUCUGGGAGAACCCUUGGAAUCCGGGCUGGGAAGUGGUGCUGCCCUUCCCUGAGAGUUCAGCUUAAGAGUUUAAAGCUGCCUUGAGAGUAAAGGUGCACAUUGGGAACCUCCUGAGCUGGAGCGUGGCCUGUCUUGUGCCAACCCCGAAUUUGGGAGCUGCUCUCGGCUCUGGUGCCGAAAUUCCAGCGUUGCUCCCACGUUGGGUUCACCCUUUGCCACUUGAUCUUGUUUUUUGCCAAGAGCUGACCUUGUACACUCCUCCUUUGGUUCUGCCCUGCCUUUUUGCAGGCAGCUCUGAGGAGCUGUAAGAUGUGAAACGUUUGUGAUGCAGACACUUUGCCUUUGCCGGAGGUUUUUACAAGCUUCUUUUCUGUUAUUUUAGUUCCAGGCUCUCUUCCAUGAAGACUGCAAGCUUCAGUGAACAUUUUAACUAACUUCAGUGGUGUGUCUACUGUCUUUUGGUUGGGUUUUGCCAUUAAUCCUGUAGAGAAUUUGCUCGUUUCUGUCCCGUGCAGAUGCAGCAGUGCUAAGCCAGUGGCAAUGCAUUUCCCUGUAGUGUAAGUAAAUAAAAAAAAACAACCCCUGUUAGCAUUGUUAACCCUUUGAAUAGCUGCAAUAAAUGUAGAACUAAACAAC